UGACGUCAUCUCCGGUUCUGCCAUUUUGCGGAUCGGUGUCGAGCUGCUGGUGCGUUUCUUACCGAAAACCGAUAAUAUAGUCUUAACAACAAAGCCCUAAUAAACCGGCAUAAUGUCAGAUUUUGAUAGCAACCCCUUCGCAGACCCGGACUUCAGCAACCCUUUUCAGGAUCCAUCAGUGACACAAGUAACGCAGACUGCCCCACCUGGCCUGGAGGAGUAUAACCCUUUCACAGACACAAAGCCGGUCCCGCCUGGCUCCGCCCCUAAAGCAGUCCCACCCACAGCCAACACACAGCCGGCCAUCAUGAAACCCACCGAAGAACCGCCAGCUUACACUCAACCUCAGCAGACACAGGAUCAGGCGCGAGCCCAAGCGGAGUUAUUAAGGAGACAGGAGGAGCUGGAGAGAAAAGCUGCUGAGCUGGACCGCAGGGAGAGAGAGAUGCAGUCUCUCAGCGCAUCAGGAGGGAGGAAAAACAACUGGCCGCCCCUUCCAGAGAAGUUUCCGGUGGGUCCGUGUUUCUAUCAUGACAUAUCCGUGGACAUCCCUGUGGAGUUUCAGAAAACCGUCAAGAUCAUGUACUAUCUGUGGAUGUUCCACACGGGGACGCUGUUUGCCAAUAUUUUCGGCUGUUUGUCGUGGUUCUGUGUAGAUGCGUCGAGGGGAGUGGAUUUUGGUCUGGCUAUGCUCUGGUUCAUGCUCUUCACUCCCUGUUCAUUUGUCUGCUGGUACAGACCUCUGUAUGGAGCAUUCAGGAGUGACAGCUCUUUUAGGUUCUUUGUAUUCUUCUUCGUCUAUAUCUGCCAGUUUGGUGUCCAUGUGUUGCAAGCCAUCGGCAUUGCAGGCUGGGGUGCAAGCGGCUGGAUCUCAGCGCUGACCGGCCUGAACACAAGUAUUCCCGUCGGCAUCAUCAUGAUCCUGAUCGCUGCCCUCUUCACCGCAUCGGCUGUCAUCUCUCUCAUCAUGUUUAAAAAGGUUCAUGCGAUGUACCGAACCACUGGAGCCAGUUUUGAGAAGGCGCAGCAGGAGUUCGCCACCGGCGUCAUGGCUAACAAAACUGUGCAAACCGCCACCGCUAACGCCGCUUCCUCUGCUGCCCGGGGAGCCUUCAAAGAGCAGAUCUGAUUGGCCCAGAGAACUCUGACUCCGCCCAUGCUACUCUGACCCCACCCUCCACAUUCCUCCAAACUGUCUUUGCAGCAUUUGGUCAGCUCUGACUGGCUGUUCAAGACCACACCCACUUUCAUUGACUCAGGCCCCGCCCACAGCCCCGCCCCUCCUGUCAAUCAGCAGGUGUGCUCACCUGUUCUUUAGUUGGAGUGUGUGUGUGUGUGUGUGUGUGGUGGAAAGCCUGUCUGUGUGUGAACAGCCUAAAGAGUCACUUUAUAUGUUCACAUCACGUCAGUUUGUCCCUGUUAAACAACAGGAAGUGAUGUCAUCUAGUGUCUUUUAUGGGAUCCAAGGAAAAGAGAACGGUUAUGCCCUCACAGGUCUGUCUUACCGAUCAUCUCCGAUGAAACACUCAUAAAAUCACACCGAAAACAUUUCCAGGUCACAAUUAAAUUCAAAAUCCUCAGAAAAUCAACAUUUAUGAGAUUUUGUUUUGCACAAUUAAAUGCCUAUUAUUAACCUUUAAAAAAAAUCGGCAUUUUGCUUAAUUGUUACAAAAAUGUCUUAAUGCAAAUGCCACGAAUGCAAUUUUUUUUAUUUAUAUUAAAUUAAAUUAUAUUAAAUUAAUUAAACUUUUCUGUAGAUUUUAGUGUAUAACAUUUGGAUACACUAAUGCACUUUUUUUAUUUAUUUGGGGUUAUACUAGUACCGUUUUCAUAACAAUAUUUAGUUUAUCUUUGGUUUUUGGAGGUAUAAUACGAUCUUUUGCUAAACAAAAUGUAGCUUUUCUUUAAAUUUUGGUCUUUAAUCUGACCUUUUCUAUAACAAAAUUUGCCUUUUCGUUAGAUUUCAAAGUGUAACAUGACAUUUUGCAUUUAAAAAUGUUUGUUUUUGUAAUUUUGGGGUAUAACAUAACAUUUUUACAUAAAAACAAUUGCCUUUUCUUUUGGAUUUUGUGGGAUAAUAUGACCUUUUCUUGGCACUUCUUCCUGCAAAUGAGCCAUCGGUACACAAAGACGUCCAUCAGAUGUGACCAUAAACACUCCACACACAACUCAGAGGGUCUCUUUACCUGUAAAUAUAUAAAUAUAUAAACUUAACCUGAAUGAUGACAUAAAGUAUUGACUGAUUUUAAACAUGAACGAUUUCGAGGCUUUCUGGUUUCUUUUUUCUUUCUAAUAGAGUUGUUUUGGAAUGAAAACUAAUUCUUAAAAGCGUGAAGCGCUCAGGAUAUGUUCCUGCACAUGCAUGGGAAGCUUGUCGAGCUCUAUAAGAUAAACUGGAAAACAAUUCACAAUUAUAAUCCGAGCAUCUUCAGCGACGCAUGACAUUUGUCCUGCAGAAGUGUGUAAGACUGUGCCGUGCUGGGCCGUCCUGAUAUUGGAUCCCGAAUCACUUUGUCUGUCGUUGUCUGAAGUGAUGUUUGUUUUCCUCUUUUUAUCGACUGGAGCAGAGAACCUUGUAGCCUUGGUUACUGUCGCCAAGAGACAGCCAAGUUUUGUGAUUAUGGGAUAUGCAUCAAGAUGCGAAUUGAUUUUGAUCGUAAUCUUUCAACACUCUGUGUGUGUGUGUGUGUGUGUGUGUGUUUGAGAGAGAGAGAGAGAGAGAGAGAGAGAGAGAGAACAAACUGUGUGUUUAUUUAUUUUCAGUAUUGCAUUUGUUUAUUUAAAGUAAUUUUUGGGGUGAACUGUUUCAAUACUUUUAAUACUUUCCCUAUUUUGUGUGUCAUAUUUGUGUUCCGAAUCAUUUUUCAGUCAUGUACCGUUCUCUUUACACUAUUUCUCUCUCUCUCUCUCUCUCUCUCUGUGUGUGUGUGUGUGUGUGUGUGUGUGUGUGUGUGUGAGUGAGUGAGUGAAUCACUGCAAGUCGUUCUUCCUGUUAUAAAUACAUUUGAACAAAUGGCACCUGAAUGUUCCUCUGUUUUUGUUUGGUUUGAAUCGCUUUCAUUUAAAACAGGGAAAUCCCCCACAAGAAUCUGUUGGGAGCGUGAGACGGCAGAUAAACUAAUGUGGCCUCUUGUGUUUGGUGCGAUGGAUCGUAGCUUUAAUCUGCCCUUUUUAAUUAGUGGUGUUGGUCAUCUUAGUUGAAACUGAUAAAUGAAGGAACGGAUCGAAGAGAAAGCAUCACUGGUUGUACUACUGCUAGCUACUACAUUGACAUUAUUUAAAACAGACGAGGGAUGUUUGUAUAUUUUGUAUAAUUAAAGGAAUGGUGGCCUGUCGUCCUGGA